AUGGAAAAGUUCCCAGAUGUUCAUUCAUUUUGUUCUCGCGCGACGCAGAUGCUUGUGAAGGAAAUCAAUCUUCGUGCUGCCAAUCACACUUCUGAGGAGGGAAGUUACCGUGUCUUUCAGUACCUGGAGCCCUCGCUGCCUACUCACUGUUUAAUAUCUCUAGAGGAAGAACCAGUCCCUUCUCCUUUGAACGUCGAAAACCGUGGAUGGAAUUUGCUCUCGUGUUUGAACCUACUUAGUUCUGGUCAUGUGAACCUCAUAGAGUGUAUUGUUGCUGCAUAUCUUCCGUCGACUUUGGUCAAGUGCCUGUACAUAUUUUUGGACCUACCUGGUGAUACUCAGUCUAAUCCUCCUAUUUUCCACCAUACAUUCAAACAGAUACUACAGCGAUUAAGCCUAUAUCCUUCCUCUGCUGAGGAGUUGGCUCGUAAAGACGCUUUAUGUCUCCUAUUUCGUGCAACAUGUGAAAGGUGUCGCCCUCCCAAUGCGAUUUGGCGUUCGACUGCAGCCUGUAUUUUGUCAACAGUAGCUCAGAAUGGGUUGACGCUUUCCGUUGUGAAAUACAUCCAUGAGACCAAAUGCAUUCAGGAGGUGCUCAGGAUCUCGUCGGACGGACUUCUGGCUCCCAUUGAAUUGUUCGACAGCUUUGUCGCUUUGCUGCAUGUUCUGCGAGAGUCCACCGCGGUUUCUCACGUGUUACUGGAUGAUUUUCGUCAUGCCAAUGGGUACACAGCUAUCACAGAAUUGAUUCUCAAGUUGGAACAAAACCCGGACCAUUUGGUGGAGACCAAGUCAGCACUGCGCACCCUCAUCUCGCUGACCGAGCGGUUGGUCACCUGCGGCGCGGUGGAACUUCGUCCGAAAGCCGGUGCGGGGGAGCAGAUUCACGUUAUACCUGGGUUUCGUGUGCCCAUGCCGAAGACCGGUAUGAGAAAAAGUGUGCGUAACGUACUCGCCUUCGAUGUGUUACAGUCCACAUUUCUGUCCGCAUCAUCCACCGAUCUGUGUCUACUCCUGUUGGACGCCAUCAAGUCUAUAUACCUGCAAGAUUUAGCCAACUAUUUCAUCCUGGAACCUCAGUGCACCCUGGCUUUGUUUGCAAAGAAGAUUUAUCACACCUCAGCAGAAGUACAGAAAGCGUACUUCGAUCUGUUGGAUACACUUGUCACAACGUUGCGCUACGUACCCAUGAAGGAGAUCAGCAGCAUUGUGGUGCUUUUGAAGACACUCGAUUUCAGCUCAUGUGCCGCUCUAACGCUGCAUCACUUCAUCCACUUGUUAAACGAGUAUCGGGUAUUCAGAGACGUGUACCACGACAUCGGAUUGUUAGAGUUGGCUGUGGACUUCUUGCAACGUUUUACAGACCUACUAGACCAAUGGAAAACCUCCGGUACAGAUGAACAUGAGCCCGCUGUCACAUCAGCUUUCGAAGUCGGUCUUCUCCUCAUGGAUUUGAUCCGGCAAUGUGUCACAUCCAGUGGGCCCAACACCGACAUGUGCCUGCGCCUCAAUCUGGCCGACUGUUUGGUGAAUCGUUUGCUCCCAAUCAACAUGACGACGAAUGCGAUAGGCAAGUGUCGCCGUCAAGCAUUGAAUAUUAUGGAGGAACUGAUGUUGACCAACGGGGGCGAUGAGCUGAUGCCGCUACUCCUCACUCAAAUGCACGUGGCUGUUGUGGAACUGAAAAUUGAGAUUCUUCGUUCAUUUUGUCGUGUUCUUCGCGAGUCCCAUCGAUGUCGUGUGGUAUUCCGCAAAGUGAACGGUUUCGUUUAUGUGAUGCAAGAAAUGGUUUACCUGGAGGAUUGCCUGACUUUUGCUCCGGCUGGGACAAAGGGCGGCCAAUUUGAAUCCGGAACCGCCUCGGUCACUUCAUUCGAUCAUUCGGCGCCUGAUCAACACAACGGCCAGCAGUUCACCACCAGGAGUCAGUUUCUCGCCAGUUUGACAUAUGAACAAAUUUUUAGCCUAGUGCGAAUCAUAUUCUCGACUCUUGGCAUCGCCAUGAAGUUUGAACCUGCGAGCGCACAUUACUUUGCAACAGAGAUACAAUACUCCAACCUGACACACACUGUCAUCGCGUUGGGUUCGUUUACUCCGCGAUGCACGACGCAGUCUACGAGUAUUGAGGAGCACAACGCUUCAAUGGAGACAGCUUCUGUCGUCCACAACGGCGUCGAUACGGAUACACCCGAUCUCGUUGGUUCCGACGUGUUCCAAUUCUUGUUCCGAAGUGUCAAAAAGGCAGAAGCCGCAUUGUUUGGCUGUGUCUCCACAACCGGUAAAGCCGCGUCCUCCGAAGUGACUGUUCAACCGCCUGCGUCUCCCAGUCAGCCAGUUGGAGUACCCAGACAUUUGAUCGAAUGUUGUGUGCUCGCUCGAUACGUGUACAACUUGGCUAUUGAUGCUUACGACCGGCGUCCAUCGCGUCUCACAGCUACUGUACCGGACAAGCGACCCGAAGACGAUACUCUGUCUGUGGGUGCCGAAUCCUCACAAUCAGCACUUCUCAAGCAAACUAACGCUGACGGUUCUGCACCGUGUCCACCUCGAAUCGUCCACUCUGGUGCGGUCAUUUCUCUGCUGCACUUAACUGCGGCUGUGAACCGAGACUCGACUCGGACGAUCCACCAAUGUGCUGGGAAUGAGCGAUUUGAUUGGACAGUAUCACUUCAGGAUUGCCUAUUGGAUGUGAUUGGUGAGCUGCUCCAGUCGGAACGUAAUCAGCAAGUGAUGUGCUCUGUGGCGAUGCCCCGUGAGCUGCUCCAUCUUUUCGAGGCGCAGCUGGCCUCCGACACUUCACCACUGCACAAUCGAGUUCUGAGCCUUUUUGAAUGUUUAGUGGCACAAGGUCUGAGUCCCAACGAUUUGAGACAGUACCUGCGCAUCAACAAUCCCCUGUGUUGUCCUGUGUCCGAGUUCACCCAGCCACCUGUGGACACCCACAUGGAUCCGCUGGAUGAAAUCAACUUGGCAUGGACAAGAGCAAAACUUCGCUCCGGUGGACCGCUUCCUCUGAGUCAGGUAAAGUGUCUUAUCGCGACAGCCACCCCGGUUUGCGCGGUAGUUGCCCGACCCACCGCCUCAUCUGCCUCCAGUCUGUCCGGCACAUCUGCUCAUACCACCGAAACCAGCUUUUACGAGUCCACUCAGCAGACCCGCACGAAUCCACCGCCUUUCGUCGAAUUCGAUAUGGGACCGGAGGGCUUUGGUUGCCUGUUUUUGCCCUCAAUCGCCCCUCAGGGACCCGCUUCGGUCGCCAACCUGUCUGGCGCCGCAUCAAUCCCGGAAUCGGAGAUCCUCACUGGCGGUGUGGGAACAGGCGAAAGAAUUUUCCCGCCCUUGCAUGGGUUCACUUUUUCUACCUGGGUCUGUGUGGUUCGCUUUGAUCAACCGCGCCAUCACGCUUCGCCAACUACAGCACAGUCUAAAACAGCACCUCUACAAGCCGCCCAUCUUCUGACCAUCGUUCGGGGUAUCCAAAGUGUCAACGAUCAGUUGGUGUGUCUUCGUGUCUUCAUUCAUCCAGUGACAAAAAUGCUCGUGGUGUGCACUCAGGAACGGCUUGCUCAGCCAGAUCAGGUGAGCGAUUUCGAUAUCGCCUGUGAUCCUCUGGCGGAUACACGACCUGACCCAAUCGUCAAAUCUGAUGACACGGAUACCACCAGUGACCCGACCGCAGCCACUAGCUCCUAUGCCGUCUAUUCAUGCGGGUUUCCUUCCUCCGGUGAUUCCUCCCAGUGGCCUGUCGGCGUCUGGCGUCAUCUGGCGAUUGUGUUCAGCCGCGCUGGAAUGAUCAAGUCUAGUUCGUGCAGUGUCUACCUGGAUGGUCAGCUCGCUGGAGUUCAGCGGUUGAGCUACAUUGGCAGCUCGGCUGCGAGCUGCAGUUUCUUGGGCCGCCAAACCAUGCCAUCCUCUGUAUGCGCUUAUGUGGGCACUCCGGCGACGGAGCGUCGUCCUAGUUCUCUGAUUUGGCGCCAGGGUCCCUUCCAUUUGAUUGAGGAACCUCUUUCGUCCAGCCGGAUAGCUCACAUUGCCCGUUUGGGGCCAAAUUAUGUGGGCAGCUUCCAGUCUCCUCCGCCAGUGACUUCCUUUUCUAUCUGUCCUCGUGAGGAUUCCUAUCAGCCGCUGUUCAGUGAAGAAAAGCUGGUGUUUGGAAUCUAUGCUUCUACCUCAUCAGUGCUCACUUUGUCGCGGAUUCGGAAAAUUUACAACCAGUCGGAUGCAAAGUCCAUUGCGAGACAAUUUUACAUCGCCCCGAAGGAGAACGCCACUCCUAUUCGAUUGCUCCAUAACUCCGCAACCCAUCUGCAGGGUCCAGCUCGUCCCCUCGGAGCGGUGCUCGUCGGGUACCAAGGUGUACGUGCCUUCACGCCUGGCCCAAUAACCCGUCAGCUUCACUGCGUUGGUGGCGGAGCCGGUGGGAUUCGUAUCGGGCUCGCUCUCGUCGCGAUGGCUCAGGAUGUAGAAGCGUUGUACGCAGCCACGAAAGCUGCGUGCACUUUGAUACAAGCCAGUCCCAUUGCUGCAGUGGAAAUGCGUUUUUCUCGUGGUUACCAGAUGCUGGCUAUGUUGCUCCGCAAGAAACGCCACCUACUCACCACGCGCAUUUUGGACUCCGUGUUGAGUCUCACACUUAACACUGAGACUUGGACACACACUACUGGAUCGUGCCAUCAGGCAUAUACAUUGCUCGACCAUCCAGCGUUUGAGGACCUCUUAUGUGAUUUGGAUCUCUGGCGAAUCGAACGCGAGCAUCCUGGCGUUGUCGAAGCCGAUAGCCCUGAAUCUCGACACCUUCCAGAAACGAGCACACCGAGCAACAGCACAGUGGUUGAAAUCGACUACCAGUUGGUCGCCAACUUGCUCAAUCACUUGUUGGAAUUCUUGUCGGUGCCAGCGAACCAUCGUAAGCGGUCGACGGUGAACAUCCCAUCCCAACAACUUCCUCCGUCUUCCUCCUCCGGGACGAGCGAUGCCUCACAGCCGCUCCAUCCAGUUUGGACUCUGCUGUUCGAUCGGGUACUUUAUCUCCUCCUAAAUGCUCACGCGCCCUGUCCACGCUCAUCCAUGCACGGUAUGCAGUGUCGUCUCGGUUUACAUACCGCAUCGCAAUCAAGCGCAGUGAUGCUCAUCAACGGACGUGCCGCCUUUGUGGACGCGGCCAUGAGCUACUUUCAAUCGUACCUCUCCCACUGGGUGUCUCGCCAGUGUUUACUACAUCUUGGUCAGUUGAUGUCUUGGACACUCCCAACGCCAGACUCUGAUGAAAGUGACGUUCCACUGGAUGGGCACUCGAUGUGCAAUGAACUUCGACCGGCAGACUCGACCGACUGGAGGCAACACCCAAUCGAAUUACGUAAUUGCUGUUUUGAACUGCUUAUUCGGCUCAUAUUGGACUCACCGGCGGUGGGCAGAGACCUAUGCAACGAACUGGUCACUGCGUUGGGGUUCGAUUGGUUCUACUUGUUUUUCCGGUCUCACGUCCAUCCCUCCACCGUGGUGCUUGCACUUCACCUCCUCCUAUUGGUCCUAUUGAAUCCCGCCUUUUCUGUGUUCACAUGGCCACCUGUUACCGAUUGGUCAGUCGGGCUGAACCACACAAGCGCUGGCAAAUCGCAGGCCCCCUCCAAGCCUAACCAAGACAGUCAUCUUGGAUCCGCUGACUCGGCCAGCCGAUGCACCCCGGAGACUGACGGGAUGGCAGCUUUUCGUCUGGGUUGCCCAGCUGGCCGGUGGUUGCGGGGCUGUGAGCUCCUGUUACGACGACGACAUGGUUUGUUAUUAGACAGCCUGGUUCGUCAUCCAAGACGUAUUUCGGCACGUCAUGUUCUGGCGCUUCACGAGUUCCAACUGACGGAGUGUCAGCAACCUGGCUUCGCUGUCCUCAAAGUGCUUUUACCCCUUCAUUCCAAUACACCAGAAUUGUUUUACCUACUCACAGCGAUGCUACUGCGUGUUCCGGUACAGCGAAUCCCCUCAAACUUUCAGAUGGAUUUCGAUUCGCUGUACUCGGUGCUAUAUGCCGACAAUCCUCAUAGGAAUUCUUCCAUCCAAGUUUCCGCGUUCGAUUCCACGACAUUCACCCCAACCAAUUCUAUUGACGCGUCUUCUUUGCCACCAAAUUCCUUCAGCAUGGGUCAUCUGGUGGGGAAUUUUUUGAGUGGAAGCAGUUUUGGUCGCCGACGUACACGCACCACUCUCGGAUCUGACACACCAGUUGAAUGCGGUCGGACGAAUGAUCACCAUUGUGCGACAUCUUCAACCGUGCCUCGAUUUCAUUCCGCUGUUUGCCCGGAAGCUGCGACCAUCAUGCUAUGCGUCAUUCGGGCCCUCUUGUCCAAGGGCGCGAAAUCUUCACCCCUCUCAGGUGCGGAUGCCGAUGUCAACAACCCCCUACCACACUGGGAGUGGGCUGAGAAUUACUCCGAAGUCACACUUCGUUUUUUGCUCUUCUUGUACUAUUCCAACUCCGCGUUCCGCUCCGUCGCUAUGACCACCGACUUUAUUAAUGGGUUAGUCGAUGUGCUGACCGCACCGUUGCUGAUUGCCAGUCCGGACGAGCAUCGCCACCACCCAACUCAGUCGGGUUCCCAUUCCAAACUGUACCACGCAGUGUCUAAAGUGGCCUUGGAUUUUCUGAAAACCAUUGUGACUGACAGUUUCACUCUCCCCCCAUCGAUGCAUCAGCCCGCGCACAUGGUCGACACGUUGUUGGAGUCUUGGACCGACCAGUGUGCGUCGAAGGAGCACGACGAGUUACAAGCGCACAUUCUGUGCGAACUGAUGCAUCACUUCAUGGCCACCGACGUGCUGACGGAUCAGUCGAUCUGCACUCACUCCGCAGGGGCGGACGCUGGCUUCAUUGUGCCCCAUAUGGUGUACUUUUGCACUCGGAUCGUAGACAAACUAUGGCAGGGUUACUUUAACGGUGUUCUCUUGGAACUGGUUGCCUUCCUGCUUCACCUCAUCGAGCGCUGGCCCGAGCGCGUUUGCACAUCCAACGUGGAAGUGGAUCCUCGAUUUGGUCUGUGUUCGCUGUAUCGCAGCCUGAGCCGCACUGUGCUGUAUCAGUUCUCACGUCCUAUACUUACGCAGUCAGAUCAAUCGCGAACACUUCGUUUGUUCAAGCUUAUUCAUGACAGCCGCGUGGCCACACUCAGCUCGUCCUCCCAAGAGUUACAUUUCGAUGAUCCAGCCUCUACUUCCAUACUGCUCUGCCCCGACAACGCCGAUCCGGAUUUUCCCGCUUGUCUAAUCCAUCUUCUCAUGCAAUUGGUUCGCACCGAUCGCUUCACUGUUGCAAGCCCAAUUGGUGGCUCAUCUUGUGAUCCCGCAAAACCUGCGAUCAACCGUCCCCAGAUGUCACAGUGUCUAAUACGAAACCACUCCGACUCGGACACCGUCGAGUCAGUUGACACCAAAUCAGCAACAAGUCCUCUAGUGAAUUAUUAUCGAACUACAUUCUGUGAGGACGAACUGGAAAUGAGUGCAGAAACGCCUGUGACUAUGCUCCCGGAUGUGACCAGAGUUCCACCGGUCGAAUCCGCCAAUUCGCCGACUCCGACCGCCCCCAGUAGCUUCGAUCUCAUUGCGGAAGCGGCGUUGCAACUGUGGACCGAAUGCUACCUGGCCAAGAAGCAGAUUAUUGCCACCCUGGUACCAGACACACCGCUUGUCAGUGGACUCUCUGUGCCCUCUCUGACAGACUGGGCUGAUGUAUUGGAAUCGCCAUGUCUCGUGGCUUGGGCUCAGUACGUGGACAGCGAAGCGGCUGGUUUCGGUGGCAUUACGUCGGAGCCCCUGUGGGGUCGUAUUCCAGGCGCACCGUCCUCGGACCUCUCAUUCUCUGGCCCAGUGCAGCAGACCUCGCCCACUUCACCUCGGAACACCACCUCCGCUAACACCGCCGUUGUCACUGCUCAACAUUCUCCGGCGAGCAGUCUGCAUCAUCAGUUCUCCUUACGACUCAGUCGCAUCCCCGGUCAUAUGUUCCGUCUUGGGUCGGCCGCAUCCUCGCUUCCGUCCGACAGUCCUCCGGCCGGCUCCACCAGACCACCGAGCGUACAGUCCUCAGCAGUUCCGCCCAGUCCAUUGCCUGAAGCGACAAAAACCCGUGCGUCCCCAAGCUCUACUCAUGCAACCAUGUUGAGCAGAGUUCGUGAGGUGUUGGAAACCUGCGUUCCAAUGCAACUUGGCCAUCUCCGCGAUCUUCUAGAGCAUCAGAGGAGACAGCACCAACGAAACUUGGGUUUCAUACAGCGACAGCUCGAAUUGGAGUGGUCGUCAAUCGAACUGGAACUGAUUCGUGAAAGGGGCCUAUGGGGUCCAAUCGCCGCCGACCCCCUGGCUCGAUGGAAACUUGAUCCCACCGAGGGCCCAUGUCGAAUGCGGAAACGAAUGAUGCCGAAUCCGUCGUUCUACACCUGUUACCCGUAUCAACCGUUAUGUUUGGCAAGAACGAGCGCUUCUGAUCUCUACCCGGUCACAUCGCCUGCACCACCGACACCAAAGCAUCGUCAACCUCGUAGCAGGGACAGUCGCUUGCACUUCUUUAAUUAUCAAUCGCGUAGCAUUGUACACGAGGAUUGGGGCCCCCUAACCCCCUGGCUUCCAGUACUCAACCGACCUCAGAAGACGGACUCGUUAUCGCAAGUACUCGCUGUCUCCUCGGUAUCAGCUGGUAGUGGUGCUGAUUCAACCGACUCACAAAAUCUGCAGGACGAUGAGAUGGAUACUGGUUCUCUCCCCUGUUUGCAACAAUCCUUAGAUCCCGAAGAUCUGGAGCAAUCCUUGCACCAGACGGCUUCUCUGCUUCGAUCCUCCGAGAGGUCAUCCAUCGUCAGCAAACACCUUCUGCCCACUGACGAUUUGGAUGAGGUGAUUACUCCGAACGGUGUCGAUGCUGAUGUGAACACCCACACACUAAUUGGCCUAGCCAAUUUGGAGCCCGUGCUUGAGCACUCUGAGGAUGAGCCACUGGUCAACGGCAGCGCUUCAACUCUACAGCAGGCGCCUGCGAAGCCAUCGGAGCACGAAUCGCCUCCUCAGUCCUGUGACGCAUCGCUACCCACUUCCUACUCUUCCGCGGUCAUUGAUGAUGACGAGCAGCUUGCCAGCCACGAAGCGAUCCUCCGUCUACUGGAGCCGGGUGAGCGCCCGACAGUCAUGUAUCGGUGCGCACGUAUCCUGGGCCUCGAUGUCUACGAAGGUCUGUUGCUUUUUGGUCGAGCACACUUUUACGUCAUUGACGGCUACACGCUGGUCAACACUCGUGAGAUAGUAGACAUCGAUUCGUUACCUCCGGACAUUGUGCACGAGCCCAUUGUUCCUUGCACUCCAAGCUCUCCACAGACUAGUGGCCGCUGCUGCGGUAGCAGCCCGGAUGGUCGGAAAUAUCAUCUGACUGAUCUGUGGAGCAGUGGGGCAGUUAGCCAGCGGUCUGGAAAGCAAUACUUCAAAUUCCCUUACGAAGACAUCCAAGACGUUUUCAAACGGCGCUAUUUGUUGCAGCCAAUUGCGCUGGAAGUUUUCAACACAGAUGGAAGAAAUUUCCUUCUCGUCUUCUCCAAAGGGUUGCAGUCGAAAGUGUACCAGCGCUUCCAGGACGUCGCAGCCACAAAUACCGCCUCACAGUCCUUGAUGACACAGAAGAACACCUCAAGUCUCCUGGGCAGCUUGCUAGGAGCAAAAACGGUGACACAGCGCUGGGAGCGCGGUGAGCUCAGCAACUUCCAAUAUCUGAUGUAUCUCAACACCCUGGCUGGUCGAUCGUACAACGAUCUGAUGCAGUACCCUAUAUUUCCCUGGGUCUUGUCCGAUUACGACUCGGACGAGCUGGAUCUCACUCGACCAGAAACAUUCAGGGACUUUGCCAAACCAAUGGGCGCCCAGUCCGAACGUCGAUUCAGCCAGUUCCAUCGCAGAUUUCGUGAAUGGGAUGAUCCCACAGGCGAAACUCCUCCAUAUCACUACGGAACCCAUUACUCGUCGGCCAUGAUCGUAGCCUCGUACCUGGUCCGAAUGGAGCCGUUUACUCAGUAUUUCUUAAAACUACAGGGCGGUCACUUCGACCUGCCGGACCGGAUGUUUCACAGCGUGAAAGAUGCUUGGCUUAGCGCCAGUCGGCACAACAUGGCUGAUGUGCGUGAGUUGAUCCCGGAAUUUUUCUACCUGCCCGACUUUCUACUCAACUCCAAUCGAUUUGAGCUGGGUGUCAAACAGAACGGACAAGAGGUGGACCAUGUUCUCCUUCCUCCGUGGGCGAAAUCGGAUCCCCGUGAAUUUAUACGUGUUCAUCGUGAGGCCUUGGAAAGUGAAUACGUCUCAGCUCGACUGAACGAAUGGAUUGAUCUCAUUUUCGGCUACAAGCAACAAGGCGAUCCUGCCGUACAAGCAUCGAAUGUCUUCCAUCACUUGUUCUAUGAAGGCAACGUGGAUAUCUACUCCAUCGAUGACCCCCUCAAACGCUCCGCUGUGAUCGGUUUCAUCAACAAUUUUGGUCAGAUCCCAAAGCAGCUGUUCCGAAAGCCACAUCCCAGCCGUCGACUCUCCAUUCCACGUGGCCCUCCGGCCCUUUUCCUCGGGUCGAAUGGGAAGUGCAAUUCCGCCAGUCAACUAGCUUUAGAUCUAUUCUACCGGAAUAUCGAGUGCUUGAAACCACAUCUGCAACCACUAAAAGAACUGAAACAUGCCGUCGGGCAGAUUGUACAGCUCUCCGUACACCCAACCUCCGGGGGAAUGUCAUCAUCCGCUACUGGCGCCACUGCUGCUGUUGGUUCCUGCAUUGCUAUGGGUAAUGGGUCACCAGGAUACAGCGGCGCUGGGGCGUUUACAGAUCACUCUUCUGCAUCCGGUCCUUCCAGCCUACUCCAAAGCGGCGGCACCACCGUGUCGAACGCUUCCCUUGUGGCUGUGGAGUUGCACAAGUGUCUACUACCUCCACUUCACACAAUGUACAUUGCUUGGGGUUUCACAGACGGAAGUCUACGUCUCUGCAGCUCAUUCGAUCCAACGGAACGUGCUCGAGGUGUGUUUGAAAUGGUCGAUCAGGAAGAGAUUUUGUGCUGUUCAGCGCCGAAUAAGCGGACACUUAUCACCGCUGGUCUCAGUACGAUUGUUCGUGUAUGGCAGAUUCAGCAAGUUGAUCCAAACACGUCUUCCGGUCCCGGUGCAUCCACUCUGACUAGUGGGCCUAACACUGCGGCUGGGGCUUCUACAGGUGGUUCAUCUGGGAAUCCGGGUCCUACCUCCGGAGGCUAUCGAUUGAGACUUCGGGCUGAUCUGUGUGGACACACUGAGGCGAUCACAUGCCUUGCUUCGUCCAAUGCAUUCAACUUGGUUGUGAGCGGAAGCCGUGAUCGGACCUGCAUUCUGUGGGACUUGACGCGGCUCAGCUUCCUGCGCCAGCUAGUUGGGCAUUCGGCUCCCGUGGCCGCGGUGUGCAUUAGCGAGGCUACAGGAGACGUUGCCAGUUGUGCGGGCAGUUUUGUCCAUUUGUGGAGUUGCAACGGCGAGCUGAUCGCUUGUGUUGACACCAUGGCCGGCAGAAACAAGCAGGUACUCUGCGUCUGUAUGAGCACGCUUUAUCACUGGGAUGCGGAAAACGUACUGAUUACCGGGGGAUCCGACGGCGUCGUGCGAAUGUGGGGUUUGGAGUACCGUCGUCUGAGCGACAGGAGCAACUUGCACAGAAGUGUAGACGGAACGAAUUCCCAAAGCUCCGAAUCCACUGCCGCUGGAGCUCAACAACCCCCACGUGCCGCCAACGGCUCCCCGGAGGGAUCUUCUCUGGUGGUUGAAAACUCCACUACUAGCACAGGAGUUACAACGCAAUCCUCUACAAUCAGCCCGCUGCCUAGAUCCAUAUCCCUCGGAGGCGAAUGGACUCGUCAGCUCGUGUGCCGUGGGCGACUGACAAUGCACACUGCAUUCGGUCGCAGCGACAACCGACAGCCUGCAGCUAUCACCGCAUUAGCCAUCUCACGGGACCAUCGCUCCCUUUUAAUCGGUGAUUCCCGCGGUCGAGUUCAUGCUUGGUCUGUGCCCUCCGAUACGAACCGUGGAGGCAUGACGGAUCAUUGGACGCGAGACGAGGGGGUGACCAAUUGCGCCGCAGAUGGAUGUGGCCUGCGCUUCUCUCUCACCGAACGCAAACACCAUUGCCGCAAUUGUGGCAAAGUGUUUUGCUCCAAGUGCAGCCGUUUCGAGAUCGAAAUUUAUCGCCUGCGCCUGUUCAAACCAGUUCGUGUGUGUCAGACUUGCUACAGCGUACUGCAAGUGAUCCAAGCUCCGAAGUCCCGUUCCACUAGGGACACAGCGCCAUCUGAAACUUCGUCGAAUCGUCCGUAAUUGCUACACAAGCUCCCACUGCCCCAAAUUCAACAUGUGCCAACACCUUACCCGGCUCGGAAUAGGAAACUAUAGCCGAUUGGCUGUUCCAUUGCACCUGUAUCUUCUACCACCUCUUUCUCGUUCGUUCUCCUACUUCCUCCUUUCUGUUGCUCUGUGAGAUCACAGUAAACGUUUCGCCUUUAUUCAGUGCCACCCAUGUUUCGGUGUUGUUUUGCAAUGCCCUCAAGCUUUGUGUAUCUACUCUGUCGAUUCCAGUGUGCUUCGCACCAUUGUCACUCGGUCACUCUCAUUAUUGCGUACCAUGUGUGUGGACCCUUACCUGAACGAAUGUGUGUGUGUGUGUGUGUGUCCGUCUACUCGAUCUCCAUGCUCCCAGUCUACGUUGUAUAUACACACCUGCACCCAACUGGUCGUAUGGCUCAUUUCUUUCCUCCUCCCAUGUAUCAUGUACCACGUCGUUAGGCCGCAAAAAAGUGUCACCGACGAGGCCAACACUGAUCCAUUCUUUAUGUGCAUUCUACCUAUUUUUCUUUGUUUUUUCUUAUCUUUAUGCUUCUUUUCUGGUACUGGUUAUGUACGCUCUGUUGAAACGCAUAAUCUUUUCACCCAACGGGGAUUGAAGCAUCGUGACACCCUCGCUGACCGCGUUGGGUAUCAAACCCAUUCGUGUGUGUGUGUGUUUGGGCAUGCGUGUAACGUGUUUGCAUGUCGGUUGCGAAAGCUGUGACUUCUCAUCUCAGAUGGAGUAACUCGCUUCUUUCAAGAUAAAUGGAAAUGCUUUGUAUUUUA